UAAAGCGUUUCGUAGACUAUACGUAGAGCAAGGAAAAGUAAAAGUAAGAAGAAGAAGAAGAAGAAGAAGAAGAGAGAAAGGAAAACAACGAACGAACGAAUACGAAGAGACAACUUCGCAACGUGAUAACGACAAGUGACAGAGCUUUAAAGACUAGCUUUAUUUUCGUUUCUUUCGUUAAACAUUCUUUGUUCGUAUUACCUUUGACAAACCUCUUAGUCAUUGUCGUGUUUUAUAUACAUAUUCCUCCAUUUGUGCUUACACGUAUAUACAUACGUUACCUACGCAAUAUAGAUAUAUAACAUUUUGAUUGUGUAGUCGUUGAAAGAACUAAGAAAAAAGAAAAGAAAAGAAAUUUGGAUCUGUAAUAAUGGCAGCAUUCAAAGGAAUAACCGGCUUGACAAAGGCCCUUGCAUCUAUGACAACAUCUACGACACGAAUUUCUUGCCUACCUGCAAUCAAGAAAAACUACUUUACCUACGUAAAUGAACCAUCAAUGCCAAUACCUGGAAAGGAACCCUGUUGGUUGAAAACUGCCGAUGAAGCUAUAGAACAGGCCUGUCUUGAUUCAGAUCAGAUAGUAUUUAUUCAAGGAGCAGCAGCUACACCGAUUGAAUCAAUAAGAGCAAUGACUGACUACGGAGUGCGAUGCGAUGUGAGAAAUGUACGUUUAUAUCACAUGCAUCUUGAAGGACCAGCACCAUUUGCUAAACCAGAGAACGCAAAGCAUUUUAGAUCCAUGAGUUUAUUCAUUGGUGGCAAUGUAAGGGGUGCAGUUAAUGAGGGUAAUGCAGAUUGCGUUCCUAUAUAUCUACAUGAAAUUCCAAAGUUAUUUAAGCUGGGAUACAUAAAACCUAAUAUUGCUCUAAUUCAUGUAAGUCCACCUGAUUGCCAUGGUUAUUGUUCUCUUGGAACUAGCGUAGACUGUGUACGCUCUGCUAUAAGUAAUUCUAAAUAUAUCGUAGCAUUGGUAAAUAAACAUAUGCCAAGAACAUUUGGGGAUGCUAUAGUACAUGUCAGUCAUAUAGAUUAUGCUGUACAACAUGAUGUACAAUUGCCAACGCAUCCUGCAAAGAAGCCUUCGAAGGAAGAAGAACAAAUCGGCAAAAAUAUUGCUGAAAAUUUAAUUUUAGAUGGUGCCACAUUACAAUUGGGUAUUGGUAGCAUUCCUGACGCAGUGCUAUCAAACUUAACUAAUCAUAAGGAUCUAGGUAUUCACAGUGAAAUGUUCAGUGAUGGUGUUUUACAACUUGUAGAAAAAGGAUGUAUCACAAAUAACCAAAAAACCAUGCAUAAAGGUCGUAUUGUAGGAUCAUUUUGUAUUGGUACAGAAAAAUUAUAUGAAUUUAUGAACGAUAAUCCUUUUAUAGAAAUGUUAAUGGUAGAUUAUGUUAAUGAUCCUAAAAUAGUUGCUAAACAACCUAAAAUGACAGCAAUUAAUUCUUGCAUAGAAGUCGAUCUUACUGGUCAAAUUUGUUCUGAUAGUAUUGGUACUAGAAUGUAUUCAGGUUUUGGUGGCCAAUUAGACUUUAUUAGUGGAGCAGCUAUGGCAGAUGAUCAUUGUGGGAAGCCAAUCAUAGCUUUACAAUCAAUGACUAAAAAGGGUGAAAGCAAAAUUUUGCCAGUAUUAAAAUUAGGUGCUGGUGUAGUUACUAAUAGAGCAGUUGUUCGUUAUAUUGUAACGGAACAAGGAAUCGCAAGUUUGUUUGGCAAGAGUCUACAACAAAGAGCGUAUGAAUUAAUUAAAGUAGCUCAUCCAUCUCAUAAAGAAUCAUUAGAAAAAGCUGCAUUCGAACGUUUAAAAGUAAUGCCAGCGCCAUAAAUUAUGCACGAAUUUUACAUGGAAAGUUAUACAUAUAUAUACAUAUUUGUACAUAUAUGUAUAUAAUAUGUGUGUAUGUGUCUCUCUCUAUAUAU